AUGCGACUCACCAGAGUCGCGAACGACGGGGAGAUUUUAUUCGACCCGCGAGGUGCGAUCGGGGACGAGACGGCGCGCGAGAUCGACCUUCGAUCGCGCGAGGCGACGCGACGGGCGCAUCGACGACGGGACGAAGCCUUGGCGCGGGCGGAGACGGCGCUGGAGCGACGGGAGAGCGAGACGGCGGCGAUGCGAGCGAGGUACGAGCGUGAUUUGCGAGCGUUAGGGACGACGCUGGAGCGAGAGCGGGAGGCGGCGGUGGCGACGGCGGCGACGGCGGCGGAGGCGGAGACGCUGCGCGCGUCCUUGGCGGCGGCGGAGACGGAGUUGGAGACGAUGCGAACGAUCGUGCGCGACGUCGAUGGGGCGCGACGGGAGGCGGCGCGGGCGUGGGAGAAGACCCGGGCGCUCGAGGGGGAGCUCGAGGGGGUGAAGAGCGCUUUGGAGGUGCGCGAGGCGGACGCGGGACGACUGCGCGGCGAGCUGGAAGACGCGGCGAGACGAAACGCCGAGCAAGAGGUGCGCGUGAUCGCGGCGACGCGCGCGGCGGAGGCGUUGAAAGUCCGAGUGGAGACGGCGGAGCGGCGCGCGUCGAACGCGGAGACGAAUUCGGCGGUGCACAGCUGUGAUUUGGUCGAGAGGGCGAAACGCGAGGUGGCGGACUCUCGAACCCGAGCCGAGGAUUUGGAGCGACGUCUGAGCGACGCCACGCGCGCGCUGGAGGAUAUGCGGGAAAAGAUCGGACCGAACAUGGAACGUGCUCGAUUGGAGGGGGCGCAGACGUCCCGAGCGAGGAUCGAUGCCAUGUCUGAGCAGCAAAAGGAAUUCGCCCGAGAGCUCGAGCGCAAGACGAGACGCAUCGACGAACUCGAGCGCGCGGCGAGCACGUCGAGCGCGCGUUUUGCCGAACUCAAGAGAGGAGCAGAAUUCAAGAUUCACUCUCUCGAGGAGCGAAACGCUGAAGUCGAACAGCGCGUCGCCGACGCCGAGUCGCGCAUUCGUGAAGUGACGGAGGAACGCGAUUGCGCUCACGCGCGCGUCGGCAAACUCGAAUCCAUCCUCGAGCGCACGUGCUCGUCGGACGUCGCGGUGACUUCAUACUUAUCAAAGCUCGAAAAAGAUGUCGAUUAUUUAUACGUCAGGGCGAACAAGGCUGAGAAAUUGGCUCGGGCCCGCGACAAGCGCCAAGAGGCGAGGACGGAGACUUGGCGCCGACGAGCGCUCUCGGCGAGACGGAUGAGGGACGACUACAAGGCGCGCUCGGUCCAACUCGUCAGAGCGAACGAGGAUUCUUUAGUUCGAAUCACCAAUGUCCAGGUCAUGCUCAAAAACGCCGCGACGGUCAUCGAUGAAACUACCCAAGAGUUGGCGAAUGAGUACGAACGAAGAGAGACGGCGGAGCGAGCAACCACGGCGGCGCUCGAGCGAGCGUCGACGCUCGGCAAGCGCGUCGAUGAUCUCGACAAAGAGAACAAAGAAAUUUUGGCGUCUGCGAUGGAGGCGAGCGUUCGAGCGGAGGAGCGAAUCUGUGAUCUGACGGAGAAGCUAGAGCUCACGCGGGCAGAGCUCGAAUUCACACGCGACGAGUUAGCCGCGGUUCGCCGGGACAUCGACGCGGCGACGACCCGCGAACACGCUCUUCGAUGGAAAAACCAGGAGGCUCAAUCGUUGAGUGAGAGACUGGCUCGAGCGAACGAAGAGCGAGACGGCGUCGAGGCUACCCUGGCGAAGCGGGAAGAGGAGCUGGCGAACGCCGAGGCGCGAGCCGCGCGUCUCGAUUGCGGGCUCGCGGACGCCAAGGUGGACGCUCGUACGGCGAGAGAAGAGGCGAUUAAGGCGUCGAUCGAGCUCGAUCGAGUCAAGAUCGCUCUUUCGGAGGCGAUAGAGGUGAAGAGAACCAACGUCUCGGCGUCCAACGUCUCGGAAAAGAGCCCGCGCCGAGCGGAGAAUGAGGAGACGAAGGAAGAGCCAACGUCGCGCGCCCUCGCGCUCACCCCGGACCAAGUCCGACCGGAGAAAAAUCAACGCACGGAGCUUACGGAGGCGAGCGAGCCCGACGUCGUGAUCUCCAUCGCCCCCGCGCCGUCUCCGCGAGGGAACCCUUUCGUUCGCCUCGCUCGACGCGCCGGCGACGAGGAAAACGCCCACGGUCGAUCCUCGAAGGCCUCACGUCCCGUCCGACGUCCCCACGUCGACGCCCCACUCUCACCUUUAUCCCUCCUGAACGUUCGCUAG